AGAGGAAAUGCACAUUGUCGACGGCGUAUCGCGCGCCUUAUGGCCGAAUGCUAACGUGAAUUUCUCGCGGAUAAACUGAAAGCCCAAAGUCAAAGCACAACGAGGAAUCAGCAUUAGUCGAUUUUUGGUCCACGCCAUGGAUGGCCAGGACCGAACAAUUUCUGGCUAUGGCGCUCAAGAUGGUCUGAGCGAUGAUGAUGAGGAUGACUCCCUAGAUGAAGAGGAAGAUUAUGAUGAUGAUGAUGAUGACCUGCUUGAUCCACAAGACAUGGACAUGGUCGACGGUGUCGGCGAUCGAGUCCGUAACUCAGCAGCUGGGCCGGGAGAUUCUGGCGACAGUUCCAGCGAUGAAGAGAGCAGGCCAGAGCGCACAAAGGACAGAGCCAAAGGUCGGGGCGGUCUCGGCGGCCGGGGAGACGAAGACGCCGGUCUAUCAGACGAGGAGGAGAGCGAUUUCAUGGACGACGGACUGCGCGGUGCCCCGGGUGAAGACGAUCCGAUGGAUGACCUGGACGAGCCGGAUGACGACCUCGAUGAGCCGGAUGACGGGUCGGGUGACGCGGAGAGCGGUGACGCUGCGGACGGCGGCGACUCGAGCAGUGAGGAGGGGCCGGAGCGGCGCGGGCCGCCGCCGCCGGAGAACAGCUCGGCGCUGGACCAGCGCGCCGCCGGCCUGUCGCGCGAGCUGUUCCGCGGCUACCGGCUGCUCAAGGAGCUGAUGGCGCCCGCCAACCACCCGCACAACCGGCCCUUCAUGGACGCCGUCGACUCCAGUCAGAAGGAGCUCUGGGACUACGAGUCCAUCGUGAAGAAACCAGUCUGGCUGAAGUUGAUCCGCGAUCGGCUGCUCUCGGGCGAGUACAGCUCGCUGAAGGAUCUGUUCUCCGACCUGCGGCUCAUGUUCCGCAACUGUUACCGCUACAACGGGCCGCAGCACGCAGUGACACGGCGCGCGCUGCGGCUAGAGCAGCUGAUGGAGCAGCUCAUCGACCAGAUGGAGCCCGACCUGCGCGCUCAGUGCACCCUGGAGGCCACCGAAGGGCCGGAGGCGGUCGUCGACCAGGCCAUCGUCAACCGGAGACGCUCGGCCAGGGCCAAAAAACCCACGUUCUUCUCUCACGUGCUGCACUGGGUUCGUCACGAGCGGGCUGAACGGGACAAGGAGUACCGGCGCCGUCAGCUGGAGGCCCGGCGCGAGCAGCGUGAUCAGAAGGAGGCCCGGUUCGAGGACUGGGAGCGCCGUCUCCUGGCCGAUGGAGUCGGCGACCGGCUCAAGUGCAUGUGGGAGUUUCCGCAGAUGGCCACGUUCAUCCAUCUGAGUCUGCGCGCGCUGAACAUCCUGGAGGUGCCGCUGUACGAAAUGGAGCGCAUGCUCCUCCUGCCGCAGUCCUCGGAGACGCUGGCCGUUAUGAUGACAUCGCUGGUCAGCCCACCGCUGGUGCGCGCCAAGCUGGACACGAUGCCGCCGAUGCCGUACCAUGUGUGGACGGCCAAGCUGGCGGCGAGGGCCACCAUCUGGUACCGGGCCUUCGUCCGCGAGCGCGGCUGCACCCAGCGGCUGCUCGAGACACUCGGCAUCGACCCGCACUUCUGGGAGAUCUUCGGUCCCAGGAACCCGUUCAAACGGUGUCUGUUCCAUAACAUGAGCUACUACCAGCGCGUCUGGAUGAUCAAGACAAUGUGCGACCAUCUGUUUCACAGUCACAAGUCGCUGCAGGACUGUGUGUUGGAGACCUCGGAGGCGGAGCCGCGCGAGUCUGUGGUCGGCACCGACCGUCACGGCUUCGAGUACCUGCACUUCCCGCAGCUGCUGGUGCGAGAUGUGCGCGUGUACCGGCGGCGGCCGUGGCGCGCGCCGGCCGACUGGACUGCGCCGCCGCCGCCGGCCGACUCCCCGCCGCGCCUGGUGGCCGCCGGACAGCGCUGGACCAAGACCAAGCUGCGGAAGCUGCAGAGGAAGCUGGCCGCCCUGCGAAAGCAGCACAUCGCGGCGGCUCCGCGGGCGGCGCGGCACGCCUGCCUGCGGCCGGCCACCCCGCUCGGAGAGGACGCAGGAGAGCGGGGAGGAGGCAGAGCCGGAGGUCGGGGUCGAGCUCGGAGAGGGCGAGGACCCCACCGCCGGCGAGGACGGUGACUGGCGAGUGCCGUCCCACCUGAGUCCGGGCCGCGGGCGGGGCCGCGGCAAAGGCAGGGGCAGGGGGCGCGGCAGGAGCCGGGCACGGAGCGGUGCCGCGCGCGCCCGCUCGGCCCCCUCGUCCGCC